UAAGAAAAGAUAAGAAUUUAUUUAUUUUCUGUAAUAUUUAAGUUCAGUAAAAUGGCGCUGUUCCGGUGAGGGCUCAUGCCCCUGCUCUUAUCGCUGGGAAACCCCGUGCGCGAGCUGCCAACGCCCGGCGCAGAGAAACAAACAGAGCGGAAUACGAUCUUGAAUGAGAAGUGUGGACUGUUAAACUAAAACAAAGCACAGUUAUGCAGACGAUCAAGUGCGUCGUGGUUGGCGAUGGUGCCGUUGGUAAAACCUGCCUAUUAAUCUCCUACACAACUAACAAAUUCCCCUCUGAAUAUGUACCAACGGUCUUCGAUAACUAUGCAGUUACGGUUAUGAUUGGAGGAGAGCCCUACACCCUGGGACUGUUUGACACUGCAGGUCAGGAAGAUUACGAUAGAUUACGACCUCUGAGUUACCCCCAAACAGAUGUUUUCUUAGUCUGUUUCUCCGUCGUUUCCCCUUCUUCAUUCGAAAACGUCAAAGAAAAGUGGGUACCGGAGAUCACCCACCACUGUCCAAAGACCCCCUUCCUGCUUGUGGGGACGCAGAUUGAUCUGAGAGAUGACCCGUCCACCAUCGAGAAGCUUGCAAAGAACAAACAGAAGCCGAUCACUCCGGAGACAGCCGAGAAGCUGGCCAGGGACCUGAAGGCCGUCAAGUAUGUGGAGUGCUCCGCUCUCACGCAGAGAGGUCUGAAGAAUGUAUUUGACGAAGCUAUCCUAGCUGCUCUCGAACCGCCCGAAACGCAGCGAAAACGGAAGUGCUGUAUAUUCUAAACUCUCGUUUUCUCUUUCUUUAUUACGUCUAACUUCUCCCCCAGAUGUUUGCUGCUUCCUAGUUUACCUCUUGCUCCCGAAUGCUAACAAAAGAAACUUUCUUGCUUCAUAGUAAUGAAGUUUUUUUUUUUCUUUUCAUCUCUCUCUCUCUCUCUCUCUCUCUCUGCAAUCAUUUAACUUAAGAUUUCCUUUUGUCAUUUUUCUCACCUCUUCUAUUAAAUGGAGGUUGUUUUGUCCUCUCCGGUUGUGGAGAAUUAUUAUUACUACAUUACCUUUUUUUUUUUUUGGUUUGCUGUCGUUUUAACCACCACCCCCCCACCCCCAAAAAACCUGUAACACCGAUGAUGGCACACCUCAGUUGUCGCUUUCUCGUUUGUAUUUUUUUUCUUUCCUCCACCGUCUGAGAGAGUGGGCGGAGCCAAAGAGGUACACUGAUCAAGCAGCUCAACACAUUGCGCUCAAGUCUCUAUCUUUCUCCUCUUCAUUCCUUAUUUCGAUGUAUUAUUUUAUACUGCAAUCGUUGUAUCAUAGGAAUUACAUUCUGAACAUAAUAUGAAGGCUAAACCUUGCAAAUCAGGUGCCAUUGAUCAGGUGCACCGUCUUGGAAUUGACUUCUAAUCUUGUGAAAUGAUUUGUGUCAUUAAUAAAGGUCAGCUAAAAUCGCCAUCUUGAGUGUGUCGUCAAUUCAUACGCCGUACGGGACACAACACAGGUUCUUGUUCACCGAGUAUCUGCGUGAGCUUGCUCUUUUGUAUCUGAUGACACAGCAAGCUUUUGUCUUUCAUAGCACUGUGUGUGUGUGUGUGUGUCAUGCUGUGAUACUAAUCCUUUUUUUUUUUUCUUUUUAUAAAGAGAUUUCUCAUGAGUUUUCUCACUGAGGUGGAUCAAUCAUAGAUCUGUUACUUAGAAAAGCGUUCACAAAUGCAAGGGAAAUGGGUUGAUAUGAGAGAAAGGAAACUCCAGAUGCUACAGGUGUUGGAGUCAGGCCAGGAGUCAGGUCUUCUACUCCAAACUUAACACACCAGGUCAUGGAGCUGGCUUUGUGUACACUGGAAUUUAGUGAAUAAUGAAGGAAAUGAAUGACAAAGAAAACUCCACAGCUUGCGAAGACAUUUUUAUAUAAUUGUGUGCUUCAGACUUUGAUCCAUGCUUUUGUCCAUGCUUAAUAAUCCACCUAAAAUUAUUCUGUGGUCAAUUUGUGGAGUGCGACAGGUGAGCACAUGGUACGUUAUAGUUAUCAUCAAGGUGCAUGAUGCACAUUAAGCUUAAACACAUACACCAAAGGAAAUAUAUAAAUAUGUAAGGAGUAGGGUAGGGUGCUAGGAAUAAAAAUAAUUUUAAAAUAUUAUAAUAAUAAUAAUAGCCCCAGCAUUUAAUCAUGAAAUCCUGCUUGUCUAAGCUGGCUAUUUAUUUAUUUAUUUUUUUUGUUUUAUUUUGGCUGUGUUUCCGUCAUGGCCCUGAUCCGUCAGCAUUGCUUUCUCCCUCUCCUCCCAGAUCAUGCGUUUUAUUUUGGAGCUCACGAGCUGCUGUUCCAGUGUCCUGCAUUGCUUUCUCCCUCUCCUCACAGAUCAUGUUUUAUUGUAAUGAUCAUGAGUUUUAUUUUAGCUGCUGUUUCCUUCAUAAAUAUAUAUCUUAUUUCCUCCUGUUUGUAUUUUUGCAUCUCCCUGACCAGCCCUUCCGUGUCUCUGAGCUCUGUUUGUAUCACGUCCACUUUGUUUUUAGUAUGUCUGAAUCCAAACCAAACCACUCUAUGUAAAUUGUGACUUUAAGGAAAAGAUUGAUUUUGUUUAUUUAUUUAUUUUUAAAACCUCUGCAUUAACUCCUUUAAGAUGACCUACUUUCUUGUUCCAGAAUCCUUCAAGCAUGUAAAACUUCAUUAAUUUGUUUCUUUGCAUCAAAAUCUUUCACAUUAUUGCAGCACCGUCUGGUUUAUUCCCUCAUUUUUUUUAUUUAUUUUUAUUUUUUUUGUCUGCCUCAUUGUUGACCCACAUUGAGUCUCCAUUUCUUCCCUGCUUUGUGUCCACAGAAAGGCCUAAAGAAUGUAUUUGAUGAGGC